AUGCGCACUUAUGCACCGCAGAAAGAAGGGUGCAGAUUUAACCCCAGGGAAGAGCCAUUUCCGCAGCUCAAGCUCAAGUCCUUCGACGACUCAAAGGCCGGCGUGAAGGGGCUGGCCGACACCAAACUGACCCACAUAACCCAAAUCUUCGUCCACCACCAACUCAAGCUCGAGCAUGAUCAUGCCUCGGAAGCACUAGGAUCGAGCCUGAGCAUUCCAGUCAUAGACUUUGGAUGCGUGGGCCGAACCCGUAGAAGCCCAGGCGAGCAGAAGCGGAUGGUCGAUCUGGUCCGGGAGGUGUGCGAGAGGUGGGGGUUCUUCCAGGCGGUGAACCACGGCAUGCCCGCAGCCCUCAUGGAGGAGAUGGUUAGAGGGAUCAGGAGGUUCCAUGAGCAGGACCUCGAGGCGAAGCGCGAACAGUACUCGCGAGAUUAUGGCAUGAGGAAGGUGCUGGACAACAGCAACUUCGACCUGUACAGAGCUCCGGCGGCGAACUGGAGGGACUCGAUCACCUGCGUCUUGGCUGCUCGUAGUCCGGAUCCUCAGGAAUUGUCUGCUGUCUGUCGAGACGUAAUAAUUGAGUACAAGGACAGAAUUCAGGAAUUGGCAGAUAAAAUAUUCGAAUUGCUGUCCGAAGCUCUUGGCCUGGACCCUAGCUACCUGAAAAACAUCCACUGUGGGGAGGGACUCUUCUUCAUCGGCCAUUACUACCCAGCGUGUCCAGAACCAGACUUAACCCUUGGGACUAGUGAUCAUACCGAUAGUAGCUGUAUCACCAUUCUUCUCCAAGACCAAAUUGGUGGCCUCCAGGUCCGCCAUCAGAACCAAUGGAUCGACGUUGCCCCAAUUCCUGGGGCCCUCGUAAUAAACUUAGGAGACAUGAUGCAGGUCAGUUCACAAGAUAUUUGCAGUUUACAUUUCUAUCAGUUAGUUUCUUGUUUCUAUGUUCUCGCAUGAACCAAUGGAUUUCUAGCCUAAUCUGCACUUUCUUGUGAGGCUGAUCUGAUGAGUAGGUCCUUCAGUCAAUUUAGUAUCAUAGUCCAUGGACACUGAUUUGGCGUUACAAUCUGAAUUAGUGGAUUGAAUGAUAGCUUUUUCACCUAUACUUCUGUCCCAACUGUUUCGUAGUGUGUUAGAGACGCUAAAUACUUCCCUUAGUCGGUGUUGAGGUCUAACAGACGGAUGGUAGAAUAUCCUGUUUAGAACUGUGGAACUUCCAGUUGCUCUUGCGACAUUAACUGAGCCAAGUCAGUUCUGUCAA